UGCUGGUUUAUUGCUCAGAAUCGCUGAAUAUUUGAAAUUGUCCUUGUUUAUUUGUUCACCCAUUUUCCUAGAAGGUGUCUGCUACUCUUGCUGCUUUGUGUGUAUGAAGCCGAUGUUGGAAAUCAGCUCCAUCCAACCGGGACACUGACGCUGCAAUCAGACCCUGUAUCCAGGUUGCAGACGUGCGUGUGCUUGAACUGGCAGACGGCGACCUGGCCAGUUAGACUGGUUGUACCGGAACCGCCGUCCCUCCUGGGCUGCUGCUUUUCCUCUUUUCUUCCCCAUUUAGGCGGCAGGUUCCCAGCCUGCAGCCCCCACAGGCGCUCUGUAAAUCAGGGUAUAGAAACCAAGGUAUGGGAAAGGGAGAUACCAGUAUAAACCAGUGCAUGUGCGCUGGGAACUGGGAUUUGAGGGAGCGCAUCACAGGACAGGCUGGGAUGGAUUUUUAUCCCAGGGGCAAAGCUGGGGCUGUGGCUGCUCCAUGGGCAGAUGGUUUGCCCAGCAAAUAUUGUGCUGAUGUUUACACACACUCAAAACGGGGGAAAAUCAAAGUUCCCCCAUCCUGAGAGGCUGCGGUGUCAGGGGAAGGGAUGGCUUGGGGCUGUAGGACUGGGGGGAAAUGAAGUAGAAACCUGAGCAUCCUCCCCAUCCCUGGCUGUGUUACACUUCUGGUGCUAAUUUAACUGUAGCAAAUAACUCUCUGUAUUAAUAGAUAAGCAGUUUGGUGGCUCUGAUUCUUCCAGGACAAGCUGCGGGUGUCCAGGAGCGACGUGUCACCCCAAGCAGUGUUGGAAAGGUUUGGAGGACUCUGAGGAUGUGGCUGUGCUCUGCGCUGGGCUUUGCAUAGAUUUUAAUGUACAUGUUUGAGUACCUUCCUUUGAGCAGAAAAAAGCAGGGGAAAACAGCCGGUGAGCAAUUUCUGCCACUGAGGCCAAGGUAACAUGAGUCCCUGGCAUCUCCAGCCAGUACCAGAGCAUCAAAUGCUCCUCUGAAAGGCCCUUUUGUUGCUGCUGAUGGCUCCUGGUCAGGCUCUUGUUUCCUCCUUGGUGUUCCUGUACAAGCGAAGUCUUUAUCCCACAUAUUUGGCUGGAUAAUCACCCCAGAGAGGUACCAGCCCACCCCGGAGUGAUUUGCAGUGAGUGUUUGCAAGGGGAGGAUUCGAGCUGCCCGUAGAUAAAUACCCACGCCAGGAUGGCUGCUAUAGCCAGAAAGGCAAAUGAGCCGAAGAAAUGCAUGUAAAUGCGUUAGCCCACGGCAAAGUGCACGGCGGAGACUGUAGCAACCAUCCAGGCUCUGCCCUUCGAGGGGUGCGAGCGAAACCCCUUAAUUUAGAGAUGGGCAAGCAGUCUGAGACAGCAUCGCGAGGGGAGAGGAGGAAGAAUUCUGCUCCAAAGGGAGCAACUGAGCAAAGGGAGAGAUGAAAUGGUUUCAGCAUGCAGCUACCUCCGGCUGGCCCAGCCCUGAUGCUGCAGAAAAGGCUGUUUCUGGCCAGUAUUCAGCUUUGCAGAGCAGGAAUGUGAGGAGCUGCUUUGUACAUGUCCUCUCUGUGCUCGUGGUCUCCAGGGCCCCUCUGCAGGGUGGGUGACAUGGCUCCAGCUUAAGCUGGGCUCUCCCCACGCAGGAUCAGCGACAGUCGCUGUAUAAAGUGUAUUUUUCCCCUGCUUUUUCGCAGCUAAACGGCAGAAAAAACAAAUCCCAGCUCUAGCUGGAGAUGGCAGGUUUAUAUUGAUAAAGGUGCUGCAGGCAGGUCAAGAAGCAGAGGGAGAAUUUGCCAGAGCAGGGUGGCCAAACCUGAAAAUGCAAAACAAUUUGUGCGUAGAUAUUUAAUAAUGAUAUUCUUUUAUAGCAGAGCUCUGGAAGUUGGCCUUUGAUUAGGCACUAGGAGCGGGGAAGGGCAGCGCUGCCGUGCACCGGGAGGAGGAGCUGCGGCAGAGCUCGCUGCCUACCAGGGGAGGGGACCGCACGCAUGCCAGUGGUCCUGCAUCCCCCCGAAACCCAGCCAGGUGAUAAGGUGGGGACAGCACAGCCGGCCAGCCCGUGGCGGCAGCGAUGGCCCAGUCCCGCACCAACGGCUCACACUAUGCCCUGACAGCCAUCGGGCUGGGGAUGCUCGUCCUCGGCAUCAUCAUGGCCGUAUGGAACCUCGUCCCUGGCUUCGGCCCCGCCGACAAACCCGCCACCCACGCCGGGAACAGCAGCAAGCCCGACCGCGGCACCGGGGGCAUUUUGAAGAGUAAAACCUUCUCGGUGGCGUACGUGUUGGUGGGAGCCGGGGUGCUGCUGCUGCUGCUCUCCAUCUGCUUGAAUAUCCGCGACAGAAAGAGGCAAAGCGAAGACAUCGUUCACGUGCAGCACCAAGCGUCUGCAGAGCCCUCGCACCAGGAGGACAGUCAAGAAGAGGAUGAAGAUGCAUCUUCCCAGUACUAUGUCCCCAGCUAUGAGGAGGUGAUGAACUCAGGCUACUCUGAGCCCAGAGACUCGGACAGGGGCCCCCGGCUCAGCGUCUCCCUCCCCUCCUACGAGUCGCUGACGGGGCUGGACGAGAGCACCCAGACACCGGCCACCGCCGGCACGGAGCCCGGCACAGAACGGCACCCCAGCCGCCACAACUCGCGCCUGAGCAAACGCCUGAAGCCGCUCAAGGUCCGGAGGAUCAAGUCGGAGAAGCUGCACCUGAAGGACAUCAGGUUAAACCUGGCCGAAGGGAACAGCAGCGUCCCCGUCACGAUAGAGCCGCUCACCCCUCCGCCCAAGUACGAGGAGAUCCAGGAGAAAGCGCCAGAGAGCCAGCAAAUGACUUAAAAGAAGAGGAAUAUGCGUUGCUGCUGGGGUUUUUAUUGGUUUGUUAUUUUAAAGCACGCUAAGAGGGGCUCGGUCUGUGGGCGCAGGAGUGGUCGGGGCUGCCUGGACGCUGCGAUGUGGAGGACACGAUGGACGCGUCGUGCUGCAGCGUGGGGACAGGAUGGAACACGGGCAGAUAAACCUGAAUGCCAGUAGGUCUGCUGCUGUGAAGUAAAUGAAGGCUGGAAGUACAGAAAAUGUAAUUUGCAGUGAUUUAUAUAAGGACCACCCAAUGUGUUUUCUCACCUCCUCUCCCCCUUGCGCCAGCAAGACUUUUCCGAGCCACCAAACGGAUACCAAACAAGGAUUUUGCAAGUGGAAAAGGGGCAGUGCUCCUUUUUUUUUUGGUGCCUUUUCUUUCUGAGUAUGGGAAAUGGCAUUUGCAGAGCAGCUCUGCAGCUUGCCCCGCUCCCGCCCGGGGCUGGGAUGGCCCAGGGCCAGCCCCAACUCCUGCCAAGGUCUUUGCUGUGGGAAUUGGGAUGGAACAAGCCCCAUGUUCCCCAGGGAGAGUUUGGAUUUCUUGCCUCGGUUGCUUUCCCUGUUGUGUUUUGUGCUUCCCAGGGGAUGGUCUGAGGCAAGUGGAGAAAUCCAGAGGUUGGGGGCUGAGUGCACUGAAAUGGCUGAGGAUGCUGUGCGAGCACACCUGUUCCGAAUAAAUAUUUUGUACAUUG